AUGGGCGGACUCACCUCGUGCAACGAUUCAGUCCGAUCCAUUCGAGCACACCAAAGAAGAGGCGACAUUACGAACCGAUUGAACGUAUGGAGCCAGAAGGAGACAAAGACCUUCGGAGCCCCAAUCACGAGUGAUGACACGACGACCUUCACAGACGCAGACGCCGAAGGAGUAAAUUUCCCACACAACGACCCCCUGGUCGUCGAGAUAAUGGUCGCGGACUGCGAAGUACCUAGAAUCUUAGUGGACACCGGAAGCUCGGUAAACUUGAUUUUCCAGGAAAACUUGCAAAAAAUGGAGCUCCGAGGAUACAAACACAAGCCAAAAACCCGACAAUUGACAAGCUUCGCCGGAGAAACUACAAUGUCCGUCGGAACGAUAAAACUGCCCGUUCAUCCAGGCGGGAUAACGAAAAUCACGACGUUCACCAUAAUAGACAAACCCGCGGUCUACAACAUCAUCCUAGGAACGCCAUGGCUGCACGACAUGGAGGCGGUACUUUCCUCAUACCACCAAUGCCUGAAGUUCCCGACAUCAUUAGGGACGCACGUGCUAAAAGGAAGCCAAGGGAUCGCACGGGCGUGCUCCAUCAUGGGACCCGAGGAGAUGAGGGUCCGGAGAGCUUGCAACGCCGUCAUCAGCGAAAUCCCCACCGAGCAAACCAGAACGGGAGAACCGCCGAGAGAAGCCAUCGAACAAUUCCCCAUCGACGACAAUAACCCCGAAAGACGCGUCGGAAUAGGAAGCGAGCUGAGCCCAGAUAUCCGCGCCGAACUAAUCGACUUCCUCAAAGAAAACUUCUCGACUUUCGCAUGGAAAACAACCGAUAUGAUCGGGAUCGAUCCCAGCAUCAUCUGCCACGAAUUAAACGUCAACCCGACUUAUAAUCCGGUUAAACAGAAAAGAAGGAAGCUAGGACCAGAACGCGCGGCAGCCGUAAACGCGGAAGAAGAACGCCUCACGAAUGCCGGUUCCAUAAGGGAGGUCAGAUACCCAGAAUGGCUUGCAAAUCCAGUGGUCGUCAAGAAAAAGAACGGAUCCUGGAGAGUGUGCGUGGACUUUACCGAUCUAAACAAGGCAUGCCCGAAGGACAGCUUCCCACUACCUCACAUAGAUCGCAUCGUGGAAGCCACGGCAGGAAACGAGCUACUCUCCUUAAUGGACACCUUCGCCGGAUAUAACCAGAUCCUGAUGCAUCCGGAAGAUCAAGAGAAAACCUCAUUCAUCACCGAGAGAGGAACUUACUGCUACAAAGUCAUGCCAUUCGGACUCAAAAACGCCAGAGCCACCUACCAGCGAUUGGUGAAUGAAAUGUUCUCAGAACAGCUAGGAAACACAAUGGAGGUGUAUAUCGACGACAUGCUGGUGAAAACAUUCAGAGCAAAGAGCCACGUCAACGACCUGCGGAAAUGUUUCGCGAUACUCAACGAAUAUGAAGCUGAACCCGGCGAAAUGCACCUUCGCGGUGACAUCUGGAGAAUUCCUGGGAUACAUCGUAACCAAAAGAGGCAUCGAAGCUAA